AUGAUAUUUACAUCCAAUAAUCAUAUUUAUUUAUGGGGUUCAGCAUUACAAGAACUUGGAAAAUUAAAUUCAUUUAACCUAUUUAAUACUGACAUUAAAAUUCAAGAAUAUAAUAUACAAGAUGAAUACAGUAAUGAUAAAAAAACAGCACUACAAAUAAUUAUUAAACAUGAAUUUACAGAAUAUUUUAACAAAACAGCCACAUUAGCUGAAUGGGCAUGCGGCGUUGAUUUAGCAUUAGAUAUAUCUGAAGAUGAAGAAGAUUUCAAUGUACAACAAGAAUUAUCAAUUGAUAUACAACCACUACAUGAAGAAUUAAUAGUUCAUGUUACAGAUGAACUAGAAGAAACUAAUGAAAAUGAAUUAUCAUAUCAACCACACGAAGAUAUUGAACCAACUCGACAAAUAAACGAUCAACCUUAUGAAUCAAAUGAUAUUAAUACAACAUAUGUGGCACAAGAUGUUAUCGAACUUCAACCUGGUGAUAAUAUGGAUACAUGA